GGCUGCUCUCGGUGUCAGUUUGCGUUGCGGUUAUCGCUCUGUGAUUGAAAUUGGGAGCAGACCUGCGCUCUCCCCGAGUUAAUUAAAACGCCCCCCUGAUUGGACGGGCGGAUAAUCCCGACGGGCCGCCUGCUCCUACUAACUUGCGAGCAGGGCAGAGCGCCAGUCACAAUCUGCCCAAGGCAAGGGAGGGCAAGAAAGACGCGAGAGAGGAAGGCGACUGUAGGAAGAGGAUCGCUCCGGUCUCAGCGAGCACAAUUAGAGAAGUGUUGUUGAACGUGGGCUAUGCGUGCAACAAGGGGGGAGCGCAGUGCACAGAGGAGGUGAACGCAUGUAGAGGCUCAGCUUCAGACUCACAGCCUCCUUCUUGAAGAGUCACAGCACUGACAGAGGAAAGGAGUGAGGCAAAGAGAGGAACUCCUAGAAAACAACAACUCUUGGAGAGAAACUACGCGAGUGCCAGCGCCUGAGCGAACAAAAGCCGGGAUAAAGGAGAACAGCGGAAGACUAGACUUUUCCUGGUCUGAAUCUGCUCUGGAAGAGAGAGAAGAAGAAAAAAAAUGAAUGUCAGCGAAGAGAACCUGCUCAAGUCCAUCAGCAACGACGCGCUCCUCGACCUGACGCAGCGCUACGGCCAGUCCGCCUUCGGCUUCGGAGCUGGCCAUGGUGCUGGAAGCCCCGGCCGCUUCCCGCUCACUCCGGCCACCGACUUUCUCUCCGGGCAGACCGCGAAGUCCAACGAGAGCGGCGGGGAGCACACCAGCGACGACGAGGACGGCUUCGACUCGUUGGAGUCCCGGAAGAGGGGCUCGUCGUUCGGGGACGACAAGCCCGGGGGGCCCCUCGCCAAGAAGUCCAAGGAGCAGAGAUCCCUGCGGCUCAGCAUCAACGCGCGGGAGAGGAGGCGGAUGCACGACCUGAACGACGCGCUGGACGGCCUGCGCGCCGUUAUCCCCUACGCCCACAGCCCCUCGGUGAGAAAACUCUCCAAAAUAGCCACUCUCCUCCUGGCCAAGAACUAUAUCCUCAUGCAGGCUCAGGCUCUGGAGGAGAUGAGGCGGCUGGUGGCGUAUCUGAACCAGGGACAGACCAUAACCUCCCCUAUCCCCACCGCCCUGGCGCCCUUUGGACAGGCUGCCGUCUACCCCUUCUCGGGCUCUGCGCUCGCCACCUGUGCCGAAAAGUGCACCACUUAUUCUGGGGCCCCGUCGAGUCUCUUCAAACACUGCAACGACAAGCCUUGAUUUCAUUUUAACUCUCCAUGAACUUUUACCUAUACUGCACCCAUGUCGGUCUCCUUCCCAUUCUAGUUAUUUUUAAAUCAUUCUGUGGAAAAUAAAACAAGUUUAGUCUAAUGCAUAAUCUUAAGAUAUGGUUAAGUAAUUAUACUGCAGUGUUUCCUCCGGACUCAACAAACGCUACUUAGAAAAUAAACUGUUUAGGCCUUUCUUGUAGGAUGACGUCCCUGUCACUUUGUCGCUCGUUCUCUGCAGACUCUUACAGGCCAUGUUCAAAUUCUGACUUUUGGACAAUUUUGGGAAAGAUUCUGUUAACAGCUGUCAUUUGUAAUCUAUGCAACAUCUAGUAAAAACAACACGAAAAGUAGAAAUGCCAAGAAAUGCGACCUGAUCUUGACUUUCGGAUUUAAUACAGUAAUUAAAAGAAGACGAGAAAAAAGCAGGACUUCCUUUGACUGUAUGAUGCUAUGUGGGGAAACUAAUCUGAUGUGAUGUUGGCUGAUAUAUUUUCUGAUACGAUGUUUUGACGAGUUUGUUUUUGUUUGAAGUUAUUGCACAUCUCACAUGAUUGUAUUGUACAACUUUGGAAAAAAAAACAUUUGCUUCAAGCCCGGUUAUAGUAAUGGUUAUAUAACUACAGCCUAUACACUGAAGAAGCGUUUUGGUUGUGUUGCAACAUGGAUUUCAUAUAUUGUUUAUAUGUCUUUAUAAUUAAAAACACAUAUCUAUGCUCGGA